AUGGCGUCCCGUGCUCGCAGCGAUGUCGCACCGCGCAAAGUCCUUCCCGCUCGUUCGUCUCGCGGCACGCGUAUCCACAAACUCAUCGGCGAAGAAGCAGAAAUUGAUGCGUCGUUCUGGGGUCACUCGGCAUGGCACGAAGACGGUGAAGACGAGGACUAUUCCACUGAAGCAGAGGAAGAGGAUAUCGUCGACUCGGACUUUGACCAAGAAGAACAACCGGAUACCGACGUUCAUGACGACGAUGACAAUGACGAAAAGGGUACUACAAGACGCAAACGCUCGGAGACAAGUUCUGGACGAUACAAAGAGCCCCUUAUGCAUCGAGUCGUGAAGCGGAAAGGACCUGAAAACAAUGUCAAAGCUCCAGAAGCUCCUGGAGCUCCUGUUACGUCCUUGACGCCACUAUAUCAGUACGUGGCUCCAACAGUUCGCUCGUCUACAGUGAAAAAGUCGUCUGAGUCGUCCGAGAUGAGACGACAAGCGUCGCAUAAAGCGGCCGAGUUGGCUGCCAAGCACAAGAAAGUGACGGUCGAGAAGGUUGGCAGUCGGUUGACCCAGGCACAACUGUUAGCAGAAGCAGUGCGGACGGAGGUGGAGAACACGCAGUCGCUCCAGCGCCUGGAGCAGCUGGAAGAAGAGAAGAAGGCGGAGAGCGCUGCGCCGAAAGCACCGUCAAGUGGCCGAAUGGUGCGGUAUUACAGCAAACUCGAUGCUCCUAAGACGAUUACGUUCUUGAACGCGCUCGAUUUCCCGCCAAUCUUCAACCAGCCGAAACCCAAGAAACGAGUGAGUGCACAGCAACAAAAGAUAGACAAGCGGAAGCGAGAGGCAGAGGAAAAGGCUGAUCAGGGCAACGAUCGUGUGCUGCUACACAAGACGCCUGAGGAGAAGGAUGGUCGACAACAUGGUUCGUUACCGAACAACGAGCUGACAGCGGAGAAAGCAGCGGCAGCGUGA